ACAACAUCCCCUUUGACAACUGCAGCUCCUACUACAACAACUGUAGCUGCUUCCACAACCACUACUGCAUUACCUAUUGCAACCACGACUGCAGCUUCUUCCACAACCACUACUGAGGCCCUUACUGCAACCACAACUGAAGGUUCUUCUACAACUGCAGCCCUUACUGGAACCACAACUGAAGCUUCUUCUAAAACAACUACAGCACCUACGACAACCACAACAAUCUCCCCUUCGACAACUGUAGCUCCAACAACGCCAAUCACAACCGAAGCUUCUUCUACAACAACUACUGCAACCCUUACUGGAACCACAACUGAAGCUUCUUCUAAAACAACUAUAGCACCUACGACAACAUCCCCUUCGACAACUGCAGCUCCUACUACAACAACUGUAGCUGCUUCCACAACCACUACUGCAUUACCUAUUGCAACCACGACUGCAGCUUCUUCCACAACCACUACUGAGGCCCUUACUGCAACCACAACUGAAGGUUCUUCUACAACAACUACUGCAGCCUCUUCUAAAACAACUAUAGCACCUACGACAACAUCCCCUUUGACAACUGCAGCUCCUACAACAACAACUGAAGCUGCUUCCACAAGCACUACUUCAGCCCCUACUGCAACCACAGCUGAAGCUUAUUCUACAACAACUACUGCAGCCCUUACUGGAACCACAACUGAAGCUUCUUCUAAAACAACUACAGCACCUACGACAACCACAACAAUCUCCCCUUCGACAACUGUAGCUCCAACAACGCCAAUCACAACCGAAGGUCCUACUACCAUUUUAACUCCUACGACAACCACAACUGUAGCACCUACGACAAAGACAACAACAUCCUUUUCGACAACUGCAGCUCCAACAACUGUAGUUCCUACAACGCCAAUCAAAACUGCAGGACCUACUACCAUUGUAAGUCCUACGACAAACACAAAUGUAGCUCCUACAGCAACCACAACAGCAGCUAGUACAACAAAUGUAGCUCCAACGAUCACUACAACUGCAGCAGCACCAACUGUAGCUGCAUCCACAACCACUACUGCAGCCCCUAUGGCAACAACAACUCUAGCUACAAUAGCAAGCACAACAGUAGCUGCUACGACAACCACUGCCGCUUCUAUAAAAUCUACAACAAGCGCAACAGUAACCCCUACGGCAACAACUACAGCUUCUUCUACGACAAAAAUUGUAGAUCCUGCGACCACCACAAAUGAUGCAGCUACUACAAGAACCACAGCUCCUACAACUCCAACUGUAGCUUCUUCCACAAGGACAAGUGCAGCCCCUACUGCAACCACAACAGAAGCUUCUUCUACAACAGCCUACUACAACAACCACAGCUCCUACAACUCCAACUGUAGCUUCUUCCACAAGGACAAGUGCAGCCCCUACUGCAACCACAACAGAAGCUUCUUCUACAACAGCUGUAGAAACUACGACGACCACAACAACAUCCCCUACGACAACUGCAGCUCCUACUACAACCACCGGAGCUCCUACGGCCACUUCAACAGCAGCAGCUCUUACAACAACAACUGA